CGACUGUCAACGUCGCACCCCCCGCCAUGGCCCCCGACCCGCUCUCGUCGGACGCCCUCCUCGCCCUCGCCCCGCAACUCGUCUCGUCGUCGUGCACUCUCGCCUCGCCCGUCCAGGCCCUCGCCCUCAUCGUCCACACGAUCCACACCGCCCUCGGCUUCCGCCUCACCCAGCCCCAGCCCCUCACCGGCGACGACCACCACGCCAACCGCCUCCCCGACGAGUGGCCCCCCCACUCGUCGGCCGGCGAGCUCAAGUUCCGCUACAAGCACCAGCAGUCGAGCCUCGAGUUUGUCGUCACCGUCGUCGAGCUCGGAGACCGUGCCCUCGUCGCAGGCGCAGCUGUCGACAACCCAGCCCGCUCGUCCACGUUCGACCUCGUCCUCAACGACUACUUCUCGCCCACCUCGCUGUCGUCCUCGACCGACCCCCUCCCCAUCGCCUCGCUCUCGCCCUCGAACCCGUUCGCGACCCCGGCCCGCUUCAACGACCUCGUGCACCUGUACCGCCUCAACGUCCUGCAGCGCCUCGUUCCGGGCCUCAGCAAGGACGGCUACGAGGAGCUGCGCGGCCCGCCCGCCUCGGGCCCGGGCGCAGCGUCGUCGUCGAGCGGCGGCGGUGCGGCGCGCGGGCCGGGCUACUACCCCGACCGCGGCGGGCCCAUGGGCAUGUUCCCGCCCUCGCGCGGCGGUGGGGGCGGCGGCGGCGGCGAGGGAGAGGGCGACCGGCGCUCGCCGCCUGCCGCACCGCGCACGGGCGGGCCGGCGCGCCCGAACCCGGACCACGACCCGCUCGCCAUUCCUGGCUCGGGCGGGCGCGGCGGCGGCGGGUACGGCGGCAUGCCGCGCGCCGACAUCGGGAGGAGGGACCUCGAGCCGCUCGGCGGCAUGGGCGGCACGUUCGGCGGGCUGCCUGGCAUGGGCGGCGGCGGAUUCGGCGGCGGGUUUGGCGGACUUGGAGGGGCCAUGGGCGGCGGUGGUGGUGGUGGAGGCGGCAUGUUCAUGGGUCCGGAUCACUCGCUGUUCAGGGAGCGGUUCGGGCCGGGCAACGACGUCGUCGGCGGAGGAGAGGGUAGGAGGUGGGGUGGCGACGGGUACCUGCCGCCGAUGGGCGCGCCGCAGGGAGCGAGGUUCGACCCGGUCGGGCCCACGAACGGGCCUCCCACGGGCGAAGUCGGCGGGCCGAACGCCGGCGGCGGGCCGCAGCGCCCUGGUCAGCCCCCGCAAGGACAGCCGGGCGGGCUCGGCGGCAUGGGCGGCGGCGCGAGGAGGGCGCACCCGGACAUGGAGCAACCCGGCACCAAUGACGAGUGGCAGAACAGCAUGUUCGGCUGAGCGCGACGACGCCGCGCGGUCCGGGCCCCGGCUCGACGGCCCGACCGCGAAGCCCGCCUCUUCUGCCGCCGCACCGCCCGACCUGUACUCUCCUUCCCCGCCUGUCGACGUCCUUGUUCCUCGUCCCCCUCGCGUAUGACCCGCCUCGCGUGUCCUGUACCCCUCCCGCCUCAUAGCUUCGUGUCCUCGUCCUCGAGCCUCACUCCUCUUCGUCAUCCUGCAACGCUUUCGUACCGCACGGACAUUUC